CCCAAACUAAAAAAUAAAAAUAAAAAUCCAGUAGAGCUGCUAAAUUCUCAGCUUUGAGACUUUGUUACAUAUUUUUCAUUUUUCAUUUUUCAAUUUUUUUUUCUAUCUCCACGUGAAAUCCGACAUCUCUUCAUCUUCUUCUUCCUCGGCCAUGUCCCUUCCAUGCAAUAGAUUCACUUCAAAACCUCCUUAAAAAUUCCGAUUCUUUAAAGAAAGCUUCUUAAUUGCCCACAUCCAUUUGUGAAAAGAAAAAUGGUCUGUCCUUCAUCAUAAGCUUCUUCUUCUUCCCGGCGAGUUCGAAGGCCACGUGACAGCGGCGAUUCCAAAUUAGGGUUUUUUUUAAUUUUUUUUUUUUUUUUUUUAGUUUUGGUUUAGAAUUAGGGCUUUGAAGUGAGAAAAAAGAAAUGGAAGAAUAUAAUAAUGAUGUAAAUGAGAACUCAAAUGGGAGAGGGAAUUUCUUGUAUGGAUCAGGGAAUUCUUCAUCAGGUAAUUUUGGAAGAUCAACGGCUGAGAUGGGUGUUAAUACUUUUCAUCUUCAACAAGAAACCGACUGUUUUCAAACAACUCAUCAGAUUGUGAAGACUGAAGCUACUACUUCACACCACCAGCUUCUCAAAUUUCAUUACCCUGUAAUCCGACAACCACCACCACCACCAGCUCAGCCGCCAACGACAUGUCGGCCUGAACAAAACGGUGCCGUUGAUGUUGAAGCUAUUAAGGCUAAAAUCCUUGCUCAUCCUCAAUACUCUAGCCUACUCGAAGCCUACAUGGAAUGUCAGAAGGUGGGUGCUCCGCCACAAGUGGUGGAGCGGCUGAUGGCGGCCCGGCAAGAAUUUGAAGCACGGCAGCGAUCUUCCAUGGUUUCCGGAGAGACCACGAAGGAUCCAGAACUUGAUCAAUUCAUGGAAGCUUAUUACGACAUGUUGGUGAAAUAUCGGGAAGAACUUUCAAGGCCGAUUCAGGAAGCCAUGGAUUUCAUGCGAAGGAUUGAAUCUCAGCUCACUUCUCUCUGUAACGGACCAGUUCGGAUCUUCAAUUCUGAUGAGAAGUGUGAAGGUAUCGGGUCGUCUGAGGACGAACAAGAAAACAGCGGCGGAGAAACUGAACUACCAGAGAUCGAUCCACGUGCUGAAGAUAGAGAAUUAAAGAACCAUCUACUGAGGAAGUACAGUGGUUACUUGAGCAGUCUCAAGCAAGAACUUUCUAAGAAAAAGAAAAAAGGAAAACUCCCAAAAGAUGCAAGGCAAAAGCUCCUUAAUUGGUGGGAGUUACAUUACAAAUGGCCAUACCCUUCGGAGACAGAGAAAGUGGCAUUGGCUGAAUCCACUGGGUUGGAUCAGAAACAAAUAAACAAUUGGUUCAUAAACCAAAGGAAAAGACACUGGAAACCUUCUGAAGAUAUGCAAUUCAUGGUGAUGGAUGGUAUUCAUCCUCCCAAUGCCGCGCUCUAUAUCGACAGUCACUAUAUGACCGAUGGCCAUUAUCGGCUCGGACCAUGACUGACCGUAAAUGUUACUAAAAGUGUCUGCAGAUUUGCUAUGAAUUCAACAAGGUUAAUUCCUUUCUAUAAUACCAAUCAAAUAGUGUGACAAAUAAUAAUGAUAUAUGUGUGAUUUUAAGGGAUGAUAUAUGCUCAAGUGUUAUCUUUCCUUUUUUUUCUUUCCUACAUUAUAUUCAAGCCUGCUUGGAUAAAUUUAGCUCUAGUUUCAAUUAUCAGAAGGUAUAUAACUACUCAAAGUAGUUGAUAUUUUAUGGAAGCUACACAGAAGGGAGGUUUUUCUUUUUUCCUUUUUCAAUUUACUUUGAGUUUUUU